AUGUUUCAAGUUAUUUGUUUUUACAUUUUCAAUUUUUGGUGGAUCCUUUUAGAUGUGUUCAAAACUAAUUAAUUAAAACAUUUAAUUUCUAUAUUAGUGAAUAAUUUCCCUAUUCAUGAUGUUAAAUACUGUUAAAAAUGUUUGGCUUAAAAGAGUUAAACCUGGAAAUAUGGAUACUUUCAUCUCCAAGCUUUUUGGGUUUCAUUGUCUUUUGAUAUCAGCUCACCAGACAUUGUAUUUAUACUCAACGGAUCGACGACGCCGGCCAAAGCUCAUUCCGGAAUAACCACCCCAUCCACCACCGCCAUGUUCCAUCUCAUGAGCAGGUUCUUCCUUCAUCUUCUCCUUCUUGAUCUUUUUCAUUUUCUUAUGGAACUUUUUCAUCUUUUUUUCAUACAUUUUCCACCCACCACAUUCAACCAUUGAAAGGGUAACAGAGAUCAGGAGACACAGAAGCAAAAGAUGACUUACUUUCAUACUGGUGUUGAUGUUGACUUGUUGGUUGGUUGUUAACUCACAGAUCAAAAGACUAUUCAAGUUGAAUUAACGAUUGAAGAAAUGAAACUGGUGUUGAUUUGAUUAGAAAUCAAGUAAAAAAUUUGUGAAUUACGAUUCUUUUCUUAUAAGCAAGUUAAUUGAAUUCUUCUUGUCCUGAUCAAGUUGUAUCUUAAGUUGAUCACAACUCUACUGAUUUUCCUGAGCCUGAAAAUCAGUUUUUAUAGCAAUUUUAAUUCAAGCUGGUUUCAACAUUAAUUUUUUCAGUGUUAGCCAUUAAUUAAUAAAUUGCAUUUUUUCUGUAUUUGGUCCGACAAUAAUCUAAUUGAUUGGAGACAAGUUUUUCGUGCAAAUUGCUGAAAUUCAGUUUGACUAAAAUUAACGCAAAUGAUUGUUUUUCAAAAAUUUAUUGCCAGUUGCUGCCAUACUUAGUGAUCUACUGCUUCCAUUUGGUAUUUACUGAUACUUACACGCGCCUGAUUAAUUCAUUAUUUUCAUCGGAGACCGUAUUAGCGUUACACUAUUUUUAAAACAAAUGGUAUCAAACGAGAUCUCGACAAAAUUGCAAUCAGCUAAUAGCAAAGAUGUCGAACACGAUGAUGGCUUUAUUGGGAUGGCGACAAAAAAACAAGGAAACAAGAUGAGGAGGAGAAGGAGGAGGAGAUGGAGAGGCAAAAAGGCCAAGUUAAUCCCUUUUUUUACACAUGAUGAUGGUGAUAUUGGUGUCGAUGAUUAUGAUAUCUAAAAUUUGAAGUAGCAUAAAAGAUCAAAGCCAGUUAAUCCUCUGAACCAAUUAAAAGGCAACAAAAGGAUUUAAUCGCUUUCAAAUGAAGGUUGGCUUUGGCAGUGAAAAGUCAUUGAAAACUCCAAGGAGAGAUAUACACUUACAACUAUUGAAAGAGAGGAUGAACAAAAAUCCAACAGGAGAUUCGUGAUUAUAUACAAAAGAGAGGCAAGAUAUUGAAAUGAUCUUAUGUGCAUCAAUGUAGACACAUAUAAAAAAAAAGAUAUCAGCGAAAAAGGCAGAGAUUGAAAGCAGGAGAAAGACUUGGCAAUGGUACUUGUCAUUGGUGGUGAUUGGUUUUCCAUUUUUAAUCGCAAUUCUCAAUUGUUGAAGGAAAAAAUUGUUGAGCCCAGAAACAGGCCACUGAUUGCUCAUCUCUAUAUCAAGUGAUUAAUAUCAAUUUCAUGUGAAACAUGCAAGGUGUUGUCCUAAUGUUAUUUGGCUUUGACUUCGAUUGUGCAUCUAACCUUGGCAUGAUGGUCUCAACACCUCGACACAAACCAACAACCGCUAUAUAAAGAUAUCUUCACUCUCUUUUCGCUCUCUCUUCUUCUUUUCCUCUCUACUUUCGAUUUUCAUUACCGUCAUCAUCAUCAUCAUCAUCAUCAUCAUCAUCAUCAUCAUCAUCAUUUGAUCUCGCUCCCUGCUUAUUGUACUUUUUGCUUCUGUUUUCUCUCUUCUGGUCUUGUUAUUUUAAUUUGAUGCUUGUUGACUCAAGAAGGAUCAUUUUCAUCCUCUUUAUUCGUCCCUCACUUUGCUUCCUAUUUCCUUUUAUUUUGUGCUUCUGGGCACAAUAAAAGGUCCUUCAAUAGGUGCUUUUGCUAAAAGUUAACACAAUAUUUACUCAUCAUGUUCAUAUUUUAUUUUCAGUGAAUCACUCCUCUUUACACUCAAUCUCUGUCUCUUACACUGAUUGAUUUAUCCAAUCAACCAUUUAUAUACUUCACCCCUUUUUAAUUCAUUCAUAAUUUUAUUUCAUUUUUUGUCUUUUUUCUCUUCUUUUCCUUUCUUUUCUAUACUAGGUAAUACAAUAUAUAAUAUACCAAUACUGGACUCAUUGAGACAACAAUGGACACGUCAAUUAUAAAUGUUUACUUUGCUGGAAUCCAUUUAAUUAACAUAUAUAUUUUUAUGUACAUAAAAAAGUUGGUUACUAACUGUUGAUUUGUUACGGAAGGUUUCAAUCAAACCUAGGAAAAGAUAUCAAUUGACAAUGAAAGGAGUCGCGACAAAAUGGUUCAUCGUAGGCCUAGAGCCUAUUUGGCCUGUUAUUUCAAUAAUAAUGAAAUUAGAAUAACUAAUUCAGUGAUAAAAAAACCAGUCAACAAAGUCGGUGGCUCAUUCAAAUAUUGGUCAGGGAAAUGCAUCAGCUGUGCUCUUCCUGUUAUAACAUCGCCAUAAUCAUAAUCACCAUCAGCAACAUUAUUUCAACUAUUUUCACUCUUCAUCUUUCAUCCUCAUCACUUUGCCAUCAGCACCUUAAAGCAAUUUAUUUUCAUCUCACAAUCAUACCAUUUAUAUUUCCAACCAUCAUCAAUUAAGAAUCAAAAUUGGUCAUAAUCAACAUCCAACAAUGAUGUAAUUACAAUCAGCCCAUAAAGAAUCAUUAUCAAAGGGGAAAAUAAUACAAAUGAUUAUUUUGAAGACAACAGUGAACCAACCAGCUGAAAGUAAAAUUGUAAUUAUUGGUCAAACUGGAUGCGUAUGAACCAGGGAAGACAUGAGACAAAGUCGGAUUACUCGUGUUUCAUCUUGAAAACAUGUUAAUACAGUAAACCUGUAAUGAUUAAACAAGACUACAAUCAUAAUUUAAUGAAUUGUAAACAAGCAAAGGUAUAAAACAAACCUUCAACAAUGUAAUUUAAUAGGGAAUUGUAAAGAGUAAAAAAAAGAUUAACCAAAAGUUAAAUGGCUUAUGGACAUUAAUAGAAGGCAGUCGCUAUUGUAAACACUUGUUCCACAGCUUGUACAAAGGGAGGAAAGAAAGAGAUGAGGGAUGAGGAGGAAAGAGGAAGAUAAAAGAUGAUGAUAGGAAGGAGGAAGCACGUGAUUGGGAGUGCGUUUCGCGCGUGCUGACAUCAAUUUUACCAUUAAACUGUGUAUAAAAUAAACUAGAAUACAAUUUGACCUUACAAGUAUUCAAAAGGCCUAGUCAGGUUUUAAAAGUCUCUCUGAUUGUAACUAUUUCUAGUCAUUUAAUUGUGAUACUUGUUGAUUGUGGCGUGUGUCUGUGCGUGUGUUUGGAUACCAACUAAAUCUACUCGUAAAUCUAAUCGAUUAGGGCACCUUACUUGACAAUAUCUUUAUUUACUCGUGAUAUUUUACCUUUGCUUUUUCAUCUUUAAAUUAUUUCAUCUUUUCAAUUGUUUCAUGCCAUUAAUUAAAGCCAUCAUCUUAACUGCACCAAUAUUGUAAUGAUUAAUGACAAUAUUCCUGUAAAUAUGACUUAUAACAACUUAUUUCAACUUGACUCUUGGUCUCAAUUAGCGAGUCAUGAUAAUUUGGAUACAAUUGUUAUUGCUGAACAAGAUAUUCCGAGUGGCUUUCAAUCUUUACCAGCUUGUAGGCCUAUUCCUAUUAAAAAGAUACUCAAACCGUGCCAGCCUAAACAUUUAAUCAAGGCUUAUGUAUCUGAGCUUGGAGUUGUUGAAACUCGGGAAAAGGUUGACUGGAUUCAUUUGAUUAGGUUAGCUGACAAUUGUUUUGAACAAAAUGUAUUAAUUCAUUGGGAUACUGAGAAAAAGUCUUUACUGUUAACAACAAUCAAGCAAAUUAAAAGUGGUGUUGAACUUAAGGCUUGGUUUGCCUCUGACUUAUUGAACUUUUUAAACGUUCCCUUUCUAAGUCCAUCAAAUAUUGUAAACAUUUCCAAUUAUCAAUGUAAUUAUUGUGAAUCUACUUUUAGUCAACCCAAUCCAUUGAAAAUACAUUUAGCAUUUGAUUGUCCAAUUCAGUUAACUAACCAAUCUAAUCAUCGUCAUCUUUACAAUCAUCAUCGCUUAAUUCAUCAGUCACCAAAUGUAUCAUUAAACGCAACUUUUGGUUCACCAUCAAAUGUAUCACUUGCUUCUUUAUUUUUCUCCAACAACUCGAUCUCCAAUUCAACUGGACAAAUUGUUUCUCAAUUAAACAGACCUUUAGUGACCUCUCAAUCAUCUUCGCCAUUAUCAGCCAAAAUCAGUGGAACAUCGUCAUCUUCUUCAUCAUCAUUGUCAUCUUUAAGCUCUCGUGAAACCUGUAGUCAAAGCAAUACAAAAGAAACACCGGAGGCUUUAACAAACAUCUCACCUCAGCCUACAACUGUAGUAACUUCAACUCUAUUUGGCACCAAAGAACCAAGGAGUCAUAUUUGCGUCUUUUGUGGCAAGCUGUAUACACGAAAAUAUGGACUCAAAAUUCAUUUACGAACUCACACUGGACAUAAACCAUUAUCAUGUCGAUUCUGCGGUCGACCAUUUUCUGAUCCCUCAAAUCUAAAUAAACACAUUCGUUUGCAUUCUCAACAUCAUUCAGGUUCUGUUUCAUCGCCUUAUAAAUGUAAAAAAUGUCCCAAAAUACUCGUACGUAGACGUGAUUUAGAAAGACAUCUUAAAUCGCGUCACAAAUUGUGACAGUCAACUGAUUGACAUUAACUAAUUUAACCUUCCCUUUAUUUUUUUUAAAUCUCAACAUUGUAAUACAAUAUGCCUUUGUAAUUUAUGUGUAUCAGUUCACUUUUAAAUUAACCUGUAUUCAUUAAUAAACAAAUGAUGAUAUCUACUGUUGAUUGGUUGAUCAAAGAAUCAACUAAACAUUGAAAAACCAUGCGCCUUUAAAAUUAUAA